AAAAUGAAUGAGUCAAUCCUCCUAUUCACCGAUGAUCUAAGCUGUCAGGACAGGAGUAUUGGAUAGGUGUAUCCUGGAUCGGUCGGUGCAUGGCCAGUUAUUGUGUACUUAGCGUGUGUUAGUUUCCAAUUUUCCUGGAAUACUAAGUUAGAUCCUCCUUUUGUUGAGUUAUUACUGUACAGAAAAGUUAGCAGCAGUUGUCUCGCACUAAGGCCUAGGCUAUUCAAAGAAAAUUAUCUUUUCGAUCCCCCAAAUCGAAUCUCGUACAACUACUAGGCCGUUUCUUCUAUAACACCGAAAAGGAUGCCGGCUCCAGCGCCCCCCGCCGCCGAGCCCGGCCCGCCCAAGACCGAGCUCCAGGAACUGCAACUCAAGGCGGGAGAGGUCACCAAUGAGUCCCUGGAAAGCACCCGGCGUAUGCUGGCACUAUGCGAGGAGAGUCAUGAGGUCGGCAUGAGAUCUCUAGUCAUGUUGGAUGAGCAAGGCGAACAACUGGACCGCAUCGAGGAGGGGAUGGACCAGAUCAACGCGGACAUGAAGGAAGCUGAGAAGAACCUGACAGGGAUGGAGAAGUGCUGCGGCCUCUGUGUGCUGCCUUGCAACAAAUCAGCAUCAUUCAAGGAGGAUGAAGGGACCUGGAAGGGCAAUGACGAUGGUAAGGUUGUCAACAACCAACCUCAACGAGUGAUGGACGAUCGUAAUGGACUGGGGCCCCAGAGUGGAUACAUUGCCAGAAUCACCAACGAUGCUCGAGAGGAUGAGAUGGAAGAGAACAUGACUCAAGUAAACACGAUGAUCGGUAACUUGCGGAACAUGGCUAUUGACAUGGGCUCUGAGCUGGAGAACCAGAACAGACAGAUUGAUAGGAUCAAUCGCAAGGGAGAGUCCAAUGAGACAAGGAUAGCUGUGGCCAACCAGCGCGCUCACGACCUUCUCAAGUAAACAGCUCUGCUCUCGGCUCCUGCUCCAGGCUUCCACGGUAGGGUAGCAGCCUAGCAGCCUAGCAGCAUCCUGAUACCAUAACAUAUAUCAUUAGGGGAUCAUGUUUAAACAUUUUUAUUAUUGUAGGAUCUGAAUAGUUUUUUACAUUUGAUGUGAUUUUAUUGUCAAACCCUAGUGGUAAUUUAUUUGCUUUACACACCAGCACAAAUGUAUCAAACUAGGCUAUACCGCAAGACGUCAUGGGAGCUUGGAUUUAAUUUUUAAUCUUGUGGUUUUUUAUAUGUGUGUAAUAUUUAUUGUUGAGUAUGACUUGUGAAGUACCUAAAUCUCACAUUUGACGUAACAUAGUUACUGUAGUUAAUAUGUUAUCAUUGUUUGUGUUACCUAUUGUUUUGAUGACUUUGUUUCUUGUAUUUACCACCUCUCCCAUCAUAAUAAAGCAGCUUCUUCAUAGAAGACUGCGAUUGAUACCUAGCACUUGUCUAAAAUAUUUUACUAACGGAGACAAAUUCCACUUCACUCAGUGUGUGCUUGCAAACCUACUUAAUAUAAAAAGAUAUAAAUAAUAUUUUAAUCGUAAAUAAAUCUUAGUUUAAUGGAAGUAUUUUUGAAGUAUUGUAUGUAGAAAUAUUUUGUAAGUUUUGUCUGUGUAAUGUAUAAUCUUAAAAUUAAGUAAACCCCUUACUAAGCAGAAUGUAGAAAGUCACUAUAACAUUUAGUUGUUUCAGUUUCUUAUUUCCAAAAGCUAGUUGGAGUUUGGUUUGAUGGUUGAACCCAAUGAUUCGAUUCAUUGUUCCGUAAGACAACUCCAAAUUUAUUUACCCUUGUACAUAGUGUAGAUGUUGCUUUGCUUGCCAUUAUGUAUAUAUGUACAGAUCUGGGGAGGUGAGAAUGCAAUGUAUAUAAUCUGCAUUUAUCAAACGGGUGCGUUGGUAUUCGUUUUGUUAGCUAAUUAUAGACUUUAUUAACUUAAGUGUUAAAAAUUUAGAUCAUAGAAUUUUUAUUUAUUUUUAAGAAUUAAAUAUAUCGAAUCGAGUGAUGCCUUUCUAACUUGCUAUAACUAAAUCAUUCUCAUGUUAUGUUGGUUUUGAUAAAAUUUUGUGUCUUCCUCCAAUUGUACAAUUUACCAAACAGCAAAAAUAUACAUGUAAUAAUAUUGAUUGCUAUCGGUUUGUUUUGUUAACAGCAGAUAUACUUGAAGAGAUGUAAUGUUUUCAAUUAUCCGGAAGACUUUACCUUAUUUUUAAGAAACAAAAAAGACUCCUUAUCGGUUCAAGAUAUAUACAUUUUCCCAAGAAUGUAUUAUGUUUUGACUUUAAAAAAAUAAUCUAAAUAAACUGUUCAAUUACCCGUUUUAUUACUUUUUCAAUAAUACAUAUUAUUGUUAUAUUAUAUUUUCAGGUCUUAUUUUAUCAUCACAUAGGUGCAUUUAGAAAGUAACAAACCAUAUGAUUCAAAUGUUAUAGGUUUAAAGUUUUACAGGCAUGCCAAAUUUUUCAAUCAUGUCUUUAAUGUUAAUAUAAGUAUAUAAUUAACUAUUGAGAAUGAGAUUCUCUAAAUUUUUUAAUGUGAUAAUUAGUAGAAAAUAGAAAUUACAUACUUGACAGUAAGUAGUUGCUGAUAGAAAUAGAUUUUAAAUUGCAUUGUUUCAUUUCCUCUUUUGUAUUCAUGUGAAACCAGCAGAAUUAUAUUAAUCCACAUUAAUAUAGUUGGUUGUGAUAUUGGUGUCAGGAAGAGUGACUUUAUUUCAAGGCUUUUAUACUUAUUUUGAUGGGACAGUAAUGUAAUGUCACUGAUAUUGAAAUGUCUUAUGAAGGAAAUGUGAAAUGUAGUUAUUAAGUUACGACUCAAGAGUACGCUGCAUGUGCUUUAUGAAAAUAUAUCUAUUUAGUGAAUUAAAUAUUUUGGACAGUUAAUUCAUCUUUCCAAGCAAUAAUUCAUGUGACAGAAGUGAUUUUACAGUGACUUAUAACUGUAAUUUUGAUUUCUGAUUACUAAUUAGUAUUAAAUCCGUCUUUCUUAACUGUUAUUGAAACAGUUAAUGGAUUGCUUUAGAUAUCGUGUGGUUUACAUUAUAUGCACUAUUUUUGCAUUUUAUUUGUCAAGAUUGUGAUUUAUGUUUAUUAAUUUGGAUUAUUUUAUUACAGUGAAUACAAAUUAAACUGAACAAAUUUAAUAUCGUUAGUUUUAUUUAUAGUAUGAAAGUUGCUAGUUAAUGUUGGAUAUUGUUACACUCUUAUAUUUCACAUCCUGAUAGAAAAAUCAGUAAGUGUUAUGUUAUCGCUUUUAAAAUCUGGUUAAUAAAAUUACAUAAUGUGGUUUUGA